AUGCGCCCGCGCCACCUUCCGCCCGCCCAGUCGCCAUCCGCCCUUCAUCACUCGCGCAUCUUACUCACAGGACAAACCGAGUUAUACGAGAUAUAUGGAAGGAUCUUUAUUGCAUUAAUAAUGUCAUUCAGAAAUUAUUAUGAAACUUCAUCAUACGGCAGAAACCGAGAUAUAGGUAGAAAUACGAGCACUUCUACAGAGAGAGCAGGUACUGUUACAGCAAAGUACACAACAACUCCUUCCUACAAAUCUUCAAGUAUACCCAUAGUAAAUGAUCGAUCUGCUCGAGAAGAAACUCCAAUAUCAGCAAUCGCAAAUCGGUAUGCAAGCUACAGUAAAACAGCUACCGAAAAAUCUUCUCCCAAAUAUGAAAAAAAGGAUUAUUCACUCAAGCUGUCAGUACCUACAAUUAAUACAAAUAAAAGCAGAGAUGUCAGUCCGGUUUCAGCAACAUCAAAAUAUACUCUUAGUAGAACUUCACGUCAUUCUAGUCCUGAUAGAAGACCCAUAAAAAGUUUUAAAGAAAAAAGGCACGGUAGUCCUGUUGAACGUGACAAAGACAUUCCAAAUAAGACUGAUAAGACCUCGAACUAUAGUGGUGUGUCAAAUUACAAGCUCUAUUCCCGUGCAUCCUCUUAUACAAGACCAUCACCCCGUUCGGAAGUAAAGCCAGAAGUUAAUGUAAAUCGUUAUGCAAUUGGAAAUCGUUUAUCUACAUCGAGUUAUCUGAGAAGCCCUACUCCAAUCAAACGUCCUUCUGUGUCGCCUGUUAAUGUAAUUGAUGUGAAUAAAACCGAAAAUCUUAAAGCCCCAAUGUCAAAUGUUCUGGUCGAGGAAGACAGUCAGAAGGAGGUUGUUAAAAAUGAUUGUCUAUUAAAUGGAUCUGAUAUAGUUAUAGAGCCAAAUGAAGAUAUUGAAACUAUUACAGUAAUCACACGGCAUACGUCUCCUACGCCACCAGGUUCGUCUACUUAUGUGAGAAUGAGAAGGGCGGAUAUGGCCAAAACAAUAGAAAAAAUUAUUUCACGUCCAAAGAAAAGACCCACCUUGGUAGAUAAAGAAAUGCAAUCGGAUAGGCUUGAUGAUCCAACUAGAUCGAGUCGAUUUGGCAGUACUGGUAGAACUAGUAUGACAAAUUGGACAUAUUACUCACCUAAUGUUAAUAGCUACACCGGUUACGCGGGAAGAUACUCAACGCAGUAUUCAAAUCUACGAGAAAGUAAUGCUAACUCUAAUGAUAGAAGUAGUCGAAGUAGAAGCAAGGAACCAGUAGAAAACAAAAUAUUAAGCUCGCAAACUGAACAUGAAAGAGUUAAUGACGGACAAACUUCUAAUAAUGCAACAGAAUUUGAGGAAAAGAAUAAUGAAAACAAGAAUGAGGAUACUUCUGAAAUAAUUAUAAACGUUAAUCUCACAUUGAAACAGACACGAAGUUCUUCAGCUGUGUCCUCGUCAGAGUUAAUAUCUCCAGAAAUCACAAUAACUAAUAGUCACCAAUUACCUCCCCAACCUCCUAAAUCAGAAAAUAGUAAUAAAAAUAAGAAAAAUAAGGUCCGAAAAUCUAGUACGGACUCUUCUUCGGAUUCAUCGUCUAAAAAGGUUGUUAAAAAAAGAACUAAAUCAACAAGUUCUACAAGUUCAGAUCAAGGUACCGAAAAACUUCAAAAGGCGAAAGUUUCUUAG